CGAUCUUCCUGUCAAUGUUUAUGGUUCAUGGAAUGGCUGCUUCUUGCUUUACUAAACUUGCUUAAAUGUAAAGCAAAAUUAAAUCUAAAAAAAGCAUAAAGAACAUGAUGCAUCGACUAUCGGAAAUAUAAAAUUAUGACCGCAUGAGUAGUUUGCCGCUACUGCAUAUGUUUAUUUUUAUGGAACUUUAUAAUCGCGACUUCAUAAAGACGUGUUGAAAUUGCCAACGGAGCAACGAACGUUAGACGUAAUCCUGAUUUCUUUGGACGAUCAGCCCGAUGCGAACGAUUGCAAUACGCUGUGCGUCAUUUCGUGGCAAACAUUGCAUUAGGUGACAUGCCUAGUAGUCGUGACACUGUGCGUGCUGAACGUAAUGGAAGGUUUAAAUCAAGACGAAGAGACAGUGCAAAUAGUGAAGGAAAUCGACAUAAUUUUGAAGUUAGUGACAAGAGACACAGAAAGCAUGGAAAGAGUAAAAGUUCAGGUCGUAAAAAGAAGAAGAGAUCAAGGGACAAGUCGCUAGAUAAUCAGGCAAAAGUUGCAUCAUUGAAACCAUUGGUAGAGUAUUCGGAUGUAAGUAGUGAAGAUCUUUCAGAACCUGAGGCAGGGGAAAUACAAUCGGAGGAUAGUAGGGGUAAUAGUUAUACAGAUGGAGAGGUGCCUGAAUCUUUGUUACAGAGACGAUAUUAUGGUGGAGUUAGUCCCAGAACGAAUCUUGGUGCUUCGCCAAUUAGUAUAUCACCAACAUCACCUGCACAACACAGACACAUAGGCAAACACUAUUCACAUGGUGAAGAACAACAACAACAACAACAACAGCAGCAGCAGCAACAGCCGCUAACUAUGAUUAGAAAGAGUCCGGAAUUUUCAGAAGACGCCAGGCGAUAUGUUAAGCGAAAAGAGAAGAAGCACAAACGUGAGAAGAAAAAGAAACGAAGUUUAAGUCCAUAUUUAAAUACAGCAAAGAAGAAAAAGAGAAAAUCUAAACGUCAUUCGCGCAGUAUAAGUCCAUCGCGAGUUGAUGACAUUGAUUCAGUUAGUUCGGAACAUAUGAAACGAGCUGAGAGUUGGACAAAAUCACCGCCAUUACCAUUGAAGGACAGUACAUCUCCCAUAUCGCCCGCAACUCCAACGGAUAAUCGCGUUUUAAGUGAUAUGGACCUUGAUUCACCGGCACGGAAUGUCGCAUCACCAUCCCCAACUGUACCACAAUCUCCACACACUCCCUUAUUACCUCCCAGACCACUAUCUCCAGAUUCUAAUAAAAUGAACCACGGAAUGAAGCACAGUCCCGAUAGACAAAAACACAGUCCAAUGGGACAUGUAAGGCGAAAUAAUAGUGUUAGUCCAGUUCAUGGUUCUAGUCGUAAACGUCCUCACAGUCCUAGUCCCAUAGCAAGGAGAAGAGAUCAUAGCCCACCAAGAAGACGAGAUUUCAGUCCAAAUGCAAUGUCACGAAUGAGACACAGUCCCGGUCCAAUGUCACGAAUGAGGCACAGUCCAAGUCCUUCCAAUAUGAGACGAAGGGAAUACAGUGCCAGUCCCGUGCGUCACAGACGAAGGGACAUUCCAGGUGGUGGAAUUGGCAGCGGUAUCAACACCACCGGUGCCUGUUCACCAUCAGGCAAACGAAGACGAAGAGAUGAAUCCGAUCGAAGACACAAACAUCACGACAAGGAUAGAAGAGACAAGAGAAAAUCAACAUCAGUCAGAAGUCCCAUUCCUGUACGAUUACCAAUGCCCCUAUCGCGAUCACGUUCCCGUAGUCCUGCACGUUGGCGAAAAGUUCAAUCACGUUCACGAUCACGUUCACGUCGUCGAAGUCGAACUCCAAAGAAAUCUCGUUCACCAAGCAAGUCACAUAAAUCUUCCAGAAAACAUAAAUCCAAAAGUCCACGUCCUUCACGUAUCCCUUCACCUUUACCUCAUCGUUCACGUCCAAAAAGUCCCUCAAGUAUUACUGCAAAAAAUCUUCGCGUACAAGCUAAAAUAAGUGAAACAAGUUUAUUUGCUGAAUUAGUAAAAAAUCGCAAUAUGCGAGAAUUGGCUAUGAAAAAAUUACAAGCCGCAAAUGAAAAAGCAAUAAAUCAAGAUGACGUACAAAUAAUUGAAGGCGCCGAUGAUAAAGAUUCAUUAGAAAAAUCAGAAAUUGAAACAAAAUUAAUUUCCGAUAUUCCAAUUGAUGAUAAUCCAUGUGCAGCAAGAACACCACCCCUUCCAAUAUUAAAAUCAUCACCUGGUCAAAAUUCACCAAUUUCAUAUACUGGCUCAAAGACGCCAGUUCAAAAUAAUUUUUCAAAUUCCAAUUCACAAGCACCAAUAUCACAACCACCAUUGCCACAAAUUGAAAAUGAAAAAAUAUCUCCAACACUAGUGCCUAUACCUGUACCGGCUCCCAUUCCAAUUAAUGUAAACACUGCUGCAUUAUCAACACCAUCAACAAUUGCUGUUCUACCAAAUCUCUCUGUACCACCGCCACCAUUACCAAUUCCCGUUCCAGCGCCAAAUUCAUCAGCAAUAUCCAAAUUUAAUACGCCAAAUAAUUUGGUACAAAUCAAAUCGGCGGAUCCACCUAAACCGCCAAUUGUUGCAUUCAAAACAAAAAGCCUUUCAAGGUUACCACUACCUCCUGGAAUUAAUCAAAAUGAUUUGGAAAGCAUUGACUCACCGCCGAGUCGCUCACCAACUCCACCGCCAAAAAUCAAACUAUCACAUACACCAACUGUGAGUAAACCACCUGCGAGAAAAAGCAUCAAGGAUUUACCCAUGCCGCCAGUUGUACCAGGCUCAGAGGAUUUAAGUGGCGAGGAUGAUCCUAAUGCAACACCUCCAACUGUUGGUAGAUUAGGACGUGUAGCAGUUAAGCCGCGAUUAAAACGUCCUAAAAUUUUAAAACGUCGCGGUUCACGAAAUCUCAUUCCCAUGUAUACUAAAGAAGAAGAAGGAAAGGGAUCAGAUGUUUUUGAUUUGAUUACACAAAUUGGAGAAGGUACUUACGGUCAAGUUUAUAAAGCUUGGGAUAAACGAGCAAGCGUUGUUGUUGCUUUGAAAAAAGUACGUUUAGAAAAUGAAAAGGAAGGUUUCCCAAUAACGGCUGUGCGAGAAAUAAAAAUUCUCAGACAACUCAAUCAUAAAAAUAUCGUUAAUUUGAGAGAGAUUGUCACCAAUAAAAAGAAACCAGAAGACUUUCGAAAGGACAAAGAUAAAGGUUCUUUUUACUUGGUCUUUGAAUAUAUGGAUCAUGAUCUUAUGGGUUUACUUGAAUCUGGAAUGGGAGAUUUCAAUUGUGAAACAAAUGCGAGCAUCAUGAAACAAUUACUCGAGGGAUUAAAUUAUUGUCACAGUAAAAAUUUUCUUCAUCGAGAUAUUAAAUGUUCUAAUAUUCUUAUGAACAAUAGAGGUGAAGUUAAAUUGGCAGACUUUGGUCUUGCCAGACUCUACAAUGCGGAAGAUAGACAGCGACCUUAUACAAACAAAGUUAUUACAUUGUGGUAUCGUCCUCCAGAAUUACUUCUUGGUGAAGAACGUUAUGGUCCUGCUAUUGAUGUAUGGAGUUGCGGUUGCAUUUUGGGAGAAUUAUUCCUAAAGAAACCACUUUUCCAAGCAAAUGUUGAAAUGAUGCAAUUGGAAAUGAUUUCCCGAAUUUGCGGGACACCAACUCCUGCGGUUUGGCCUUCUGUGAUAAAAUUGCCCCUCUGGCAUACGCUCAAGCCAAAAAAAUCAUACAGACGAUGCGUUCGAGAAGAGUUUUCCUUUAUGCCAGGACCAGCUCUUGAUCUUCUUGAUAAAAUGCUUGAAUUAGAUCCUGAAAAAAGAAUCACAGCUGCUGAUGCACUUAAAAGUAGUUGGCUAAAAGAUGUGCACCCCGAACAAAUACCAGCUCCAAAACUUCCAAAAGAUCAGGAUUGCCAUGAAUUGUGGAGUAAAAAACGUCGAAGACUUUUGCGUGAUCAAGAGAUAACAUUAGGACGAGUCUCAAUUCCGCCACUUGUUAAUGAAGGAGGUCCACAUAGAAUCAGUGAAGAGCUAUUAUCGGACGUCGGGGGAUCGUCCAAAAGACUGAAAAUGGAGUCUGGUUAUAAUUCUCAUUCACGACUGAAUGAAACACAUUUUGGUGGAGAUAAUUUUUGCAAUCAAGAAAUUCUUUAUGGUUCAUCUCCAACUAGCUAUUAUUACAAUAGCACACCACCGAUUAAAUCUCGAUCUAAUAUUAAAGGGGAAUCAUCUCAUUUUCUUGAAUUUAAUGCCGAAGACAGUCUCGCUCGUAAAUUAAAUUAUUUAACUACUUCAUUGAGUCAAGGGAAAGCGAUUAUUGUUGAAGAUUUAAUGUCACUUCGAACGGAUAAUCAGACGGAUCCAAAAGUGGUGCAACUUUUAGGAGAACUACAUUCAGAACUUCGUUUAGUUGCAAAUACAAGACCAAAUGGACAACUGGAAUCUCAUCUGCCGGUUCUGAAUCCAUCGACAACAGUUGCAUCUUCCGGACAAAAAAGUCAUUUCGAUGCGCAUGCAGUGUAUGCAGGCGACGAUGCAGUGAGUGCAGGAAGAUGGUCACAAUUAGCGACAGCCGGUGUACGAUCGGCAUUGUCUGCACUAAUAUCACGUUUUAAUUUAGACACCUACAAUAUUUCUCAUACUUCUGUUCGACCACAAGGUAAAUCAAUCGCAAGCCUAAGCAAUAAUCCCCCCUCAACAUCCACGCAGUCAGCGUUCAAUUCUUAAAUAUAUGUAAAUAUUCCCUCUUAUUUAUUACGUCGAAUUAUUCUCGCGCUGUACAAAAAAAAAAAAAAAAAAAUGAAACAUAAAUAGUUGAUCAAUGUCUGAUUAUCUCCAAGAAAAUAUUCUUAUUUUACGCACUUAAAAAAAAAAAAAAAAACUAAAAAUCAGCAUCAAAUUUUCAAAAUAUGUUUCGUUAAUAAUUUUUAUUUUAUAUUUUUAACUAUGGGGGUACUAUUUAGAAAUAUUUGAAUAUAAGAAUUUAUUGUAUGUGGAAGAUUAAUUUUUCUUUUUCAAAUAUUGAAUAUAUUCUGAAAAUUUGUCAUCAAAUUGAUUUAAGAAAAAUAGAUAAUUAUGUAUACAGAGUGAAACUCAAUGCAUUUCAAAGUUUAUUAAUUUAAUUAUAUAUUUCUAAGCAAUUUGUUUAAGAUUUUAUUACUUCCUAUACUGUAAAUGUAUUUACAGGAUGUAAUAUGUAAAUAUUAAGACAAUGAUGCUAAUAAAGAGCAAAUAUAUAUAAAAAAAAAGAAAUUUCAUUUUAAUCCUAAAUAACUUAAGUGCGCGAUGGGAUAUAUUAAAAAAAAAAAUGUUUUAAACAAAACGGUUUAUUUAUCAAAAUACAAGCCGACAUGAAUAAGAAUUUAUCUUCUUCGGUCUAUCAUAAUUCAAUAUACAAAUUACAAAUAUUCUUUAAAUUGUCAUUAUAGAUUUAUCAAAAAGUAAACAAAAAAAAAAAAAAAAAAAAGAAAA